AUGGAAAUUGAGACAGAGAGCGAUAGCCCGCAGCCAAGCCGACUGAGGGACGCUGUCGAGCACUUGGAAGCCGUUGCUUUUGUACCGGUCAAUCAAAGAUACACAGAUGCCAGCCAGCUGGCCAAAACAAUUGCCUCGGACGCGUACGAGAGCGGCAUUCCGCAGGCCGAGUUGGGCCGUCUACUAAAAAUCCUAACAGCGAAGAACAAUCUCGAUCAGGGCACCGUCACGACCCUAGUCAAGAACCUCUAUCCGCAGGAGAGGAUUGCCUCGAUGCAUGUUACUCAAGUCGUGUGCAGCCUUGGACCCAGCAAGAACAAACCAAGCGCUGCAACUCAAGUCUUGCUCCUGCGUUGGCUUAUCCUCGCCUAUGAUCUGUUUCAGGACAGAACGCAUCUUGCCAAGCUCUAUGCAGUGCUUUUCAAUCAUUUAGAUAUGAUUAGCCUACGGAAGCCUUUGUGCCAUCUUCUGUCUAUGAUCACUCGACGCAAACAUGUCAAGCCGUUUCGAAUCCAAGCUUUGAUGGAGUUGCUUCAAAAUGCUGGAGGAGAAGAGAAAGAGCUCAUCAGCCUGCUCCGGAUUUUCAAGAACUACUAUCCCGAAAUCAUCGUCGGAGAUCCUGGUGGGUCGCGGAGGAAUGCGAUUUUCUUCAAACAUCCAGACCCCGAAUGGUCGAGCCAUGUGAAGCUCCUCCAGGAUCAGCACAUGGAGAGAGUACGGGCGGCCCAGCAAUCCACCUUUCAAGUGGUACACCGGGGUACAGUAAAGAGGAGCAGGAUUGAAGUGGUCAUUCCGACCUUGCAAACCUCCCGGGUAUCGCCCAAGCACACAUCGCUCGAAGAACUUCGUGAUGUCGACCACUUUGUCGAUAAGCUUGAUACCAUUGUGUUACCCAACCAGAUCAUUUCGACGUUAGGUGACUCGAUGGCACAGAAGUAUCUACACCUGGUUCAAUCAGAACUGGCUCUACGCCGUUUAGAUGCAUGGCUGCGGAGCUUCCUCGAAGACAAGCUCGAACAAAUUCGUGAAGAUGAUGACGACGAGCCGGAAACACUGUCGUAUGUUUUGGAUUUUAUGGUGGGAUAUGCCUCGUACACGAAGGAGCUUCCAGCUGCAGUGCUUUCGUUUCUGAAUCGAUAUAUCCAAGUGUGGAACGGCCGCGAAAAUCGUAAACAAGUUCUUCGACUCCUUCAGUACAUACCCAUUGAGUCCUUUGAUCAUUUGCAAAGCGACCUGUUAAAGCCGUUGGAAGAUGCCAUGUUAGAUGGCUCGCUUGCUUCAAGAGCAGCAUUGCUUGACUUCUAUUCUGCGUUGAUCAGUCAGUGGGGUGCUAGACUCAGAUCACAGCCCACUAUCUCCGAGGAGUCAAUGCCAUUGAGUCGUGCUAUUUUACACGCAGAGCUUUUGGCAUCUUCGACUCUUGAAAUGGAUUCCGUGGAGGCCCAUCAUAAACAGAGAAUUUCUAAGCCGGCCAUGUUAUCCGUGCUUGAAUUCUACAAAACCCUCGCAGGCCUCUUUUCUCAUGCAAAUCUGAACUCCAGCAUUCGCCUCACGAUCCCUUCGGCCCAAACGGUGUAUACGCUGGCUUUCACGCCAACUGUCUCAGUCAUCUCGAUUCUGAGCUCGAUUCUGGCAGGAUACAAGUCAUCCUUUGAGGCUUCACUGACCUCGGAAGUGCUUCAACCGCCGAACCCUCCUGAGCCACUGUAUCCAACCAGCCUCGUCAGUCGCUUCAAUGGCUAUGUCAUGGAUAUGUGUAAUCUUCUGUGGCGCAACCGUGCCCUCAAUGCAGAGGACCCGAAUGCAUUGGGCUGUCUCGUGCCAUCACCAAGUGUCACUGCUCUUACAAACUAUCUCCGCGAGGUGCACGAAGCCGCUCGGCACUAUGACCGUGAUUCUGCCUUCCAAUCUACCUUGGCUUCGAUAUUCUCUCUCAGCCACCACGCUGCACUGGGUAACCUAUCCGCCGCCUGCUUUGCGGAUCUUGAGGAGGACCAACAGAUUCCCAAUGACCGCCCGAAAUUGAACAAGCCGGUCACCCAGAAGGCCUUACAGGCGCUCGAGAAGGAUGGAGGCGCGAAGAUUACAUGGCAGGAAUACCGCGUGCAUAUGCUAAAUUGGUUGGACGCCAUAGGCAGCCGGGGCACCAGCGACUUGAUGAGGAGCACGAUGAAGGCUUUGCGCAAGGAGUGA